AUGAUGGAAGCAUCGUUUUCAUCCUCUUCAUCAUCAGUAGCAUCUCCAUUCGCCAACUCUAGUCAGAAAUUAUUUUGGAUAUUUAAAGAAAAGGAGGAAAUGAUUAGAGUACGUGAUAAUGCUAAACUUCGGGUUCAAAAAGAAAUAUUGGAUCUUCAAGAAAAGUAUACUGAUAAAAAGUUGGUUGCUGAUGAUCUGCUAACACCAGAAGAAGAAUCUAUUAUUGUACAAAAAUAUUGUGGAAUUUUGUUUGAAAUUUCUACACAACUGGGUUAUCCAUUACACGUAAAGGCAACAGCUUUAUCCUUUAUGAAAAGAUUUUAUUUGAAACAUUCUGUUAUGGAAUAUGAUAUUGUAUUUAUGAUGUUAACAUGUAUUUUCUUGGCAACCAAGACAGAGGAAAAGUUUGUUGCUCUUGCCAAUUUUUUGGAAAAGGUGAAUGAAAUUGUUUCUGAUGCUUCAAGCUUAACUACACAAAUCAUUUUCAAAUAUGAACUUGUAUUACUUCAAGGAUUAGAAUUCCAUUUAAUGGUUUAUCAUCCAUAUCGUUCACUUUAUGCAUAUGUUCACGAUUUACAUGAUGUUGGAGGUGAUGCUAUUUAUAUGGAUGCUCAAACAAAAAUUACAGAAAUUAUCAAAAUGACAGAUGCAAUCUUUUUAUUUUCUCCUUCUGUGGUUGCUCUUGGUAGUUUGUAUAUGACACAUCCAGAUAUUACAAAGAAUUUUAUUUCAAAAAUGUUUAAAGAACAAGAGGUUCAAUUAAUGAAUCAAAUUAAUCAAUUGUGUGAAAUGGCUGCUACACCUGUGGAAAAAUCAAAAGUAAAGACAGCCGAUAAGAAAUUAAAGAAAAUUAGAAAGUUCUUAAAACCUCAAUUAGAAGAAUUAGAGGAACAAUACAGCAAACAAAUUGCAGAAGAACAACGAGUAAGAAGAGAACAAAAGUAUCAACACAGAGAUAGACAACAACAAGAGGAACAAAGAAAAUUUUUGUAA